AGCCGGGCUCGGGGGUAGCCGGGCACCUCAGAGCCGACCCCCGCCCCGCCGCGCCCUCCGCCGCACUUGUCCCACUGCGCGCCCCCUGGAGCGCCGCGCACCCCUGGGACCCUUGCGCGCCCCGGGUGCCCAGCAUAACCCGAGAUCCCCCGCUCACCCCGGGAUCUCGGGACUGCCCCAGGAGCCCCGAGUACCCCUGGACCCUGACGGGGCUCCAGGACCGCCACGCGCUCCAGGACCCCUGUGCGCUCGCAGAAUUCCUGGGCUUGGCCAACCCGGCUGAGCGCCCUGGUGAGGGGGCCCCGCCCCAGAGGAUCCCCCUCUUCCAACAGACGGAGCCCCGCCCCAGAGGGACCCCCAGGUCCGACAGGGACAUCCAGCCACGCCCCAGCGGGCUCCCAGCAUCUCGCGCCUGGAGCCCUGAGCUCCAGAAGAUCCUCGGUGCCCAGCUGGGGGCUCCCCGCCCUGCUAAGGGGGCGCUGCCCAGGAGGGUCCCCCGCAUCCCGCGGGCCGGGGCAGGAUGCACGCCGCCCUGGCGGGGCCGCUGCUUGCCGCCCUCCUCGCCACCGCCCGCGCCCGCCCGCAACCCCCGGACGGAGGACAGUGCCGGCCGCCCGGAUCGCAGAGGGACCUAAACUCCUUCCUGUGGACUAUUCGGCGCCAUCCCCCAGCCUACUUGUUUGGCACCAUCCACGUUCCAUAUACCCGAGUCUGGGACUUCAUCCCUGACAAUUCCAAAGCAGCCUUCCAGGCCAGCACCCGUGUCUACUUUGAGCUGGAUCUGACAGAUCCCUACACCAUCUCGGCACUGGCCAGCUGCCAGCUGCUGCCCCACGGGGAGAACCUGCAGGAUGUGCUGCCAAGAGAGCUCUACUGGCGCCUGAAGCGCCACCUGGACUAUGUGAAGCUGAUGCUGCCCUCAUGGAUGACACCGGCCCAGCGUGGCAAAGGGCUGUAUGCUGACUACCUGUUCAAUGCCAUCGCUGGCAACUGGGAGCGCAAGAGGCCAGUGUGGGUGAUGCUCAUGGUGAACUCACUCACAGAGACAGAUGUGCGCUCCAGGGGUGUUCCUGUGCUGGACCUCUACCUGGCCCAGCAGGCUGAGAAGAUGAAGAAGAGCACCGGGGCCGUGGAGCGGGUCGAGGAGCAGUGCCAUCCUCUCAACGGGCUCAACUUCUCCCAGGUGCUGUUUGCCCUGAACCAGACUCUGCUGCAGCAUGAAAGCGUGCGGGCUGGGAGCCUGCAGGCCCCCUACACCACAGAGGACCUCAUCAAACACUACAACUGCGGGGACCUCAAUGCGGUCAUCUUCAACCAUGACACAUCCCAGCUACCCAAUUUCAUCAACACCACCCUCCCACCUCAUGAGCAGGUGACAGCCCAGGAGAUUGACAGCUACUUCCGCCAGGAGCUCAUCUACAAGAGGAAUGAGCGCAUGGGGAAGAGAGUCAUGGCGCUGCUGCAGGAGAACCAGGACAAGAUCUGCUUCUUUGCCUUUGGAGCAGGUCACUUUCUGGGGAACAACACUGUCAUCGAUGUCCUAAGACAAGCAGGACUGGAGGUGGACCACACACCCGCUGGCCAAGACAUCCGCAGCCCUGCUACUGGGAGCCCAGUUCCUUCUCCCGAGGGCACCUCUUCUGCCAGUCCAGCCCCAGCCACCCCAGCUGCUGCGGUCCCAGAAGCAACCUCAGCAACCCCUACCACCCCUCCUGAGGAGGAGGAUCCAGGCCUGUCCCCACACCUCCUGCUGCCCGACAGCCUCAGCCAGCUGGAGGAGUUCGGACGGCAAAAGUGGCGCAAGAGACUGAACAAACACCAGCGGCCGAGGCAGUUCAACGACCUCUGGGUCCGCAUCGAGGACAGCACCACUGUCUCGCCACCCCCGCUGCCCCUCCAGCCUACCCCCAGCUCCGGGACCACCGAGCCCUUUGUCAAGUCCUCACAGCAGCUCCAGCAGCAGGACCGUGUGGGGCCUACCAGCAACUCAGCACCUACACUGGGCCUACCCCCUGCCAUCGCUGCUGCCAUUGUUGUCCCCUUCCUACUACACACCCUUGGGCCGUCCUGACCUUGACCACCCUUGCAGAGAAGCCAGAGAAACCACAGGAGUCUGUGACCACACCCACCACCUGCCACCACCUCAGAGGGUGCUGCCACCUCAAGGCAGUUCACACAAGACAGGGACUUUAAAACACUAGAGCUUUAUUGUACCCAAAUUACAUCUUCUCUUUUGUAGAAGGUCUUAAUUUCCCAUAGUGCUAUGGGGCUCUUUUGUAAAAUAUGUGUCCAUAUUAAAAGAGAAAGUGUAUUUAUUCUAUGGAUAAAACUAUUUUUAUGUAGCCUAUGUUAUAGUCCCUGAAUUAGCCCCAGCACCAGCCCAGGGAAGGAGCCCAGGUUCCCGUGACCUCUGUGACCUGUAUGGACUAUGGCUUUGAAUUGGUCCCAAGCUUCCUAGUCAGGCUUGGCUUCUCCCACUGUAGGCAUCUCUAAGGGCAGCCCCAUGCUUUGGAGAAGCUGAAUUUCAUAGCCAGAGGCAUGGUGGCCAAUCAUCCUGCCCAUCCCUGGAUGUGUCCAGGCCCUGGAGGGACACUUUAAGAAAAAAGAAUGCUGCUAUUUUUGAAGUCCCUGAGCGUCUAUGGACUGGGCCUCCAGAACUCCUGGUGAGCUUUUCCAUCAGAAAGGGAGACUGGUGCUGAAGCAGGUGAACCCAGUCCCGUGGUCAGAUGGCUACACUGAGACCCAAAAAGUGACUGAGGUUUACCCAGUGUCACAAAGCAAGUGGGCGAUCUACGGUCCAGUGGCACUGGCCCAGCUUCCGUUCAAGAAGGGGUGAUAAAAGCCCAGCUGAGUGAAGUGAGCUGGGCAGAAGGACAGGAGUUGGCACAGGACGGAUUUAGGGGUGACUGAGUUCAGGAGUCCCCAACUGUGGAGAUGACAGCGGCAAAGAGGACCACGGGCCAGAAGCCAGCAGGUGGACUCCCUGCACUCUCCUCGCCAUAGAUCCUCACACUAGUGCUGUGAGAUGUGAUGACCCCAUUUCGAGGAUGACACUGAACCCCCAAAAGAGGGGAGAAGAUCUGCCCAAAGUUUACUCCCCGCCCCAGAUUAGUGUGGUACAAGAAUGAUCCUUGUCUCCUGGACUGUGUUCUGUCCUUGUUCCUAUCUGGAGAAGUGCCUAGGGAGGUGCAGCCCCCAAACUGGAACCCUCCCUGGCUUCCCAUGGCAGGCAAGGGGAUGUUUCACCAGCUCCCCCUGCUGGUCCCUGUGGCCAGGGGGCUCUAGCAGGAUGAUCCAUCAGUACGGGCAGUCAGAGAGUUGAAGCACAGAGAGACAGAUGUAUCCCUCUGCCCCCGGGGGCUGACUGGGGACACAGUAGACCAGUGUGGGCUGAAUUGCAGCCUAUAGCUCAAAGCUGGACUUGUGGUUCAUUGGUUAUUUAAGGAGUCCUAGGUUCGGAGAGCAGGGACGACCCACCACCUGUCAAGAGCAGUAAGAGUAACACAAAGGUCCAGAAAGAGGAGAGACUUCUCCAAGGUGCCAUAGCUGGGGCAGGCAUGUUAACUCCAGUCCUGGUCUCUCACCUCACUGCACAUGGGUUUCCCUGGCAGGCUCGAUGGCGCCUGGUUGGCGGAGGCACCGCCAUGCUCAGGUUGGCAGACGUCUCCCUUUUGAGAUGGCAGGAUUCUGGGCAACUCAUUGGAUAGACAGGGGUCCCACAGGCAUCCUGGCAGGCUGCAGAAUUCUUUCCAGCUCUGCCCCAGUGGGCAGGUUUAAGCCUGAGACCUGGCAGGAUUCUGGAACUCUGCUUCACAGGGUCCCGCCAGCCUCAUGGGCACCACACUGUAAACUGAACUUGACCUCAACCAGGACUGGAGUCAGUUUAUCCUUGGCAAAAAAAAAGAAAUUUUACUUCCUAUUGCUGAGCGGAAAGGGGCUUAGCUGCCUUUUAAAGCAGGCUCAGAAGUUAGACAUCAAACAGAUCGUGCAGAGCACUAUUGGGAUGAGAUAAGUGUAAAGGAAUUGGAAACACACAGGCCAGAUUCCCCUGUUUGGGGCAGAGUAUGGCAUGAGAUGUAUGGAGAUCAAGCCUGAGGUUAAUUAAAGAUGAAGCAUUUGGGGAAACAGUCCAGGCACCUGACUGUGUGCCCAGACCUGUGCCAGGCAUGGGGCCAGAAUGGUGAAUUAAUGCAGCAUGUAAUCACUGGGGAAGCACGGUGCCAGGGUUACACAUGCAGACUGAAUUGUACCCACCCUCCUGGGCACAGAAGAGUCCACCAUCAAGGUGGGACUGGUGGGUGCAAUCCUGGGCUAGUCCUGCCCCAGCCCCAAUCUUGGGCUGCUGUCUGUCCUUUCUUAAGUUCCUCAAUUCUGCUUUAAAGUUUUUGAAGAAAGACAAUGUGCCGUGCUUAGCAGCACAUCUCUGGAAUGACUGUUUUUGGGAGGCUGAGGCAGGAGCAUCAUAAGUUUGAGGUCCAGCCUGGGAUACAUAGUGAAUUCUAGAACCGCUUGAGCCACAUAGCCAGACCCUAUAUGAAAAAUAAUGGAAGGAAGAAAGGGCUAGGCCGACAGAUCGACAAAUGUGCAGGGUGGCAUAGACUUAGAAAAGAGCAAUUGCUGCUCAGACAUCUAGGGCCGGCGUUCCUGGUUCCUGGAUCUCUACUAAGCCAGGGUUGGAGUAAGGAGCGAAUUCAACUUUGAUGGCCAACAUCCCAGGAGACCUUAGGCACAAAAACAGAAUGUAUAUCUAGGCCACUUAAACUUCCUAUCCUGCUCUGAAAACGCCAGUAAUCUAUCAACAGUUUCUCAGACUUCGUGUCCCGUCGAGCUGGACUCAUAAAACACAAAGCCCUAUUCCUCUGAGAGUUCCUUGUGUAUUUUUAGGACUUUCAUUUUGACAUUGAGGCAGACAGAAAGACGGAAGGCCAGGGGCCCAGCAGAUUAAGUGACCAACACAUGCUGAGGGUAAAAGAAUCAGGGAAAUGCAGGAGGUGCAGGACCAGUCCCCAGGGUCAAAGGUUCGGAGUCUGCCAUGUGUGGGCUGAGGGUGACUUGGAAUGUUCAUCUCACACUAGGUGACCCACGCACAUCCUCCUCACAUGGAGUGUGGUCACUUGCUACUUUCUGGCCUCAUCUAGACUUGGGCAAGCCUGGGAGCUCAGGUACUUUGUCCCAUCACCCCACCCAGUACUAUUGUCACAAGAGAUCCCAAAGAAGAGAACUGCUACCAAAAGAGAAUUUCUUUAAAAAGGUGAUAUUCUAUGCAGGAGUUACGGCUUAGAUAACAUCCUGGAUGCCAAAAAACAAAAACAAAAACAAAAGCCAGAAUUGGGGUAGUGAUAGCCAUGAGAUAAACACCAGGUCCACCACUUGGCAUUCCAGGCCCGCCGUGACCUGGCUCAGCUGAUCUUGCUGGCCAUUCUCAUCCUUCCCACCCCAGCCCUGACAAAUGGAAUCGUGUUUGUUAUUUCUAGAAUAUGCAGUAUUUUAUACGUGCUGCACAUGCUGCUCCCCAGGAGAAGCUCUCUUUCCUUCUCCCAAUCAUUUGUCCUAUAAGAAUAAGCCGGGUGGCACUGGCUCCCGGAUGUCCCCCUGGAGCCCUUUAUGCAGUCCCAGUACCUAUUUGUUACCAUGCCCACGCUCCAGAGAUGGGCUGUCUAGAUAUGAAUUUGCUCCCUGUUGUGAAUGCAAGCAACUUGAUGUGUCAGGUUUUUUGUUUGUUUUUGUUUUGUCUUUGUUUUUUUAAUGUCCUUCAACACAAAGGUGAUACUCCAAAGAUGUGUUUGAGAGGGACAGGGGAAGAAAGGGAGCCAAAAAGUGAGGAAGAAAAUUUUGGAGCUAGGAAAGGGGAAAGAGCCUCGGGUCUCUUUUGGGGGCAGCUUCCACCUUCCCAGCCGGUAGAGGACAGCACCAGAGAGCAGAACUCUCUAGCGGGAGGGAGAGGCAUGGUGUGCAAGGCCCCAAGGCCCACUGACUAAAGCCGUGGUAGCCAGCUGGAAGUCUUGGCACAGGACUGGUGUAAAUGACAUGGCGGUGCCCCCCCCCCCCCCGGCUCUGUAAGGCUCAGGUUCUUUAAACAUUGUUAGUUUUCCAAAAAUUCAUCUAAGCAGCCAAAAAUAUCACCCUGGCUGGCUGUCUAAGCCUGUAGAUUCAGGACUCAGUCAAGUCUCCCGUUGCUCCUCCCCCAUUCUUCCACGGCCCAGCCAGACUUGCCAUGAACUGGCAGAAAUGUCUGCAGCCCUUGGGCAGGGAGGGGAUCUCUUGGGGAGGAGAGGACUGGAUUGAACCCCUGCCCGUGGCUCCAGCCCAGAGCCCUUCUGUCUGUGCCCAACCCUGGGGAAGGAAAGGCAGGGCUUAUAAGGCCCUUGGGGCCCCUUCCUGACCCUUUCCAGGGAAUGUCAGCUCCUCACAGCCUGACUGCAAAGGCAGCCUGUGAUCUUUCCCCCUGGAGGUGGCCUGCACCUUCCCUUUCUUGCUGGCUUUGGGUAAACCCUUGUCCCUCUUUGAGCCUCCGUUUCCCCAUGGACCAUAGGGAGAGUUUCUUGGGAGCAGGAAGGGAAUUCUGUGUAUAAUCUCGGGUCUCCUUGGAGGUGAAGUUCCUCCCUUCCCUAGACCAGCUUUCCAUGUAGGCCCCACAGGCUGCCAUGAUGGGAGCAUGUGACAGACAAGAAAGCAUUACUUAAAGGCUCCCUCCAUCCUAAGGCCUGCCCUGGGGAAUGUGGUUUUGAAUGGGAUCCAAGUCUACAGGGCCCGGUGUGAACGACCAGGGACUCUUAGGCAGGAGUGUCUCUGGUUGCCAGGCUGGGUGGGAGGAGCUCUUGGUUCCCGGCGGGGAGGCUGGCCUUACCCUUUGCCCAGCUCUAUGUCUCAGAUUUGUCGGCCAUCCCACUGUGCCUCACUGUACCAAGCUGGCUUCAACCCUCACAAUACUUGUGGUGUUCUUUGUCACCUCCUCCCUCACCCCUGUGAAUUGUCAUGAAGAGUUCUUUAAGAGUAUAAUAGAAGACAAAGAAAGAUGCUAUUAAUGUUAUUUUGCCAAAAAUAUUUUUGUAGCAUAAUAUAUUAAUAAAAGAUAUUAUGAACUUAA